AUGGCUUUUAUGGACAUCAAUAUCUUACCCGCAGGUGCGGCGAGCUUGAUCGUGGGACUGCUCACAACAGUGGUGGCUCUUCGUCUUGCUGCCGGAAGAAAGGUGCAUCCCAAUGAGCCGACUGUAUUACCUUCAUGGAUUCCAUUCAUCGGCCAUCUAGUUGGCAUGGCUAUAUAUGGCGGUCGCCUGUCGCAUCCAAAUGAGCCAAUCUUUACUCUCCCGGUACCUGGCUCUCGUAUCUAUGUGGUUACAGACCCGUCCUUGGCUGCGUCUAUUCAGCGAAAUACGGUGGCAAGAAUCAGAAAGAACCUCGAUCCGGAGCCAGGGAACCCUCGUGGAUUUUUGGCCGAUGUCCACAAUGUCGUUUACAGCGCCUUGGGUCCUGGAUGGCAUCUGAAUUCUCUGAGCUGCGAAGCAGGCCAGGAAUUGUGUUUCCAGCUUACUGAGUUUGCCGCAUCUUUCGACAAGUUAGGCCAGACAGAACGAGAGUUGGAUCUCUUGCAAUGGGCCCGCCAUUUAGUGACCGUGGGAUCGGCGAGAUAUCUUUAUGGCCCGCGAAACCCCAUAGCUGAAGAUCCGGGGCUGGAAGCCGCCUUUUGGGCUUUUGAUCAAGGCCUCGGCGGUCUAUUGAUGGGUUUCCUCCCUUCCCUGACGGCUUCGGAAGCCUAUCAGGGUAGGGAACGGAUGGUUACCGCCUUCAUGAAAUAUUUUGAAGCUGGUCAUAUAAAGGACGGGGCUCAGAUCUCAAGGGACCGCGUGCGGCUCGAAGAAGAAUAUGGCAUGAACAAGCAAAUGAUUGCACGUUCUGCGCUGUCAUUUAUCUUCGCUAGCAUUGUUAACACCACAACCACGACUUUCUGGGUGGUUCUUCGCCUUUUUGCGAACAAAAAGUUGCUCAGCAUUGCUCGACGGGAAGUGGCAGAAGCGCUGAACGCAAGCACAGAACGAGAGGGCUCCAAGAGAUUGAGUAUCGGGAUAUUGAAAAAUAGGUGCCCAACUUUGGUUGCUGUGUUUCGAGAGAGCUUGCGCAUUGGAUCUGAAAACUUUUCUGUUCGACUUAUCAAGGAAGAUAUUUUCCUUACCGUCCGAUACUUUCUAAAAAAAGAUGCUGUGGUCCAAAUUGCUGGGGGAAUCAUCCAUGCCGCCAAGUCUAUCUGGGGAGAUGAUGCGGAUGAAUUCAAUCCGCAGCGUUUCCUCGCCCCCAAGGCCCAGUCUGGUGGUAUUCACCCAGCAGCCUUUCGAGGAUUUGGUGGCGGCAAGACCCUUUGCCCUGGGAGGCAUUUUGCUACAAACGAGAUCCUAUUGUUUGCUGCGCUUAUUGUCCAUGGGUUAGACAUGUCCUCGCCUGAUGGUGGUGAUAUUCGGGUCCCACGAAAAGACGAUCGAGUAAUGCCUGUUCAUAUUCUGGAACCUUAUCCCAGGGACCGCCCGAAAGUAUUGUUCCGAUUAAGAGAUGAAAUGAAAUCUCUGCGAGACUUGACCAUAGUCAUCUGA